AUGGCAAGUAAUACUGUUGGUAACUCCACCAACACUGCCACCAUUGCCUUUGCGGUUGGUGCUGUGGUGGCUUCCACCAUCUGGCUAGCUACCUCCAAGCAGAAGAAAAAGCCGCUCCAUGUUUCCUACAACAAACCCAAGCUUCAUUGGGCUUUUCACAUUCUUGCCGCACUUCCAACUUCCAUGAGGCGUAAAAUGCUCCUCCAAGGCGCCGCUCCCAAGCCUCCCAUGGAUGUCGUCUCUCUUGGCAGUAGCAUGGAUGAUGAUACUACUACUAAUAGUAUUGGCAGCAGUCCGUACAUGGAAAAGAAGGAACUGGUGCCUGGAAAACUCUGGAGGGUCCGAUACCAAUUUGCCCGUGAUCUCAACAUGAUGGGAAUCUACAAGAGCAUGUUUGGCUGGGACUUGUUGGAUACCGAGACCUUGCUGAAACAAGUACCCAACAAUGAUGAGAAGAUCAAGGAGCAGUUGAAACAGAUCAUUCAAGACUUGGCGGCUCUGCAAGACAGUAUUGGUAAGGACGACGACGCAGUCACGCAAGCCAAAAAAGUGCUACAAGCAGGACUCUACGAAACGCAGGAUAUGCUGGUGGUGAAACUCGACAAUACUGAUGGUGGGUUGCUCUUGUACAAUCCCUGUCGGAUGCACGAGGAAAUGAUACAGUACCUUCACACAUUGGGCUCUUCCGUCGACUACAUUGUCUCUGGGAGUUCCAGCCACACAAAUCAACUACCACAGGCCAUGGCGGCAUUCCCAUCCGCCAAACUCAUUUGUGCUGGCGUGGCACACGAAAAGUGUUUGGCGGCAGGAAUGGCGACGACGACAUCCGCCAUUAUUUAUACCGAUGGAUUCCAGGCAGCCGCCGCCGAGCUGGCCCCGUUGGGCGUGCAACCGGUACACAUUGUGGGAGACACGUUUACGCAGAGUCUCGUGCUGGUGGCGCAUGGUCAUUUGUUGGACGUCGAUCUAUCUACCUAUGGGAACGGUUACAGAUACUUGCAUAUUAGUGAUGAUGACUGGAACAACACGGACGAUCGACGAUUGUCCAUGGGGUAUUUCCGAUUGUUAUACUAUGCAUCUGUGGCCAAUGGAACCGUGGCCAAAGGGUACUUGCCCGACUUUCGGGUCCUCGGCUGCGAUCCAACUUCGAUUUUCCACAAACUCAUGCCAGAGGAACCCGAGCCAGAUGGAUCGUCUUGUGUUGCCAUGGCCCAGUCGUUGCGGAAUCUGCUGACAAAUGUCAAGUUUGACUUUGUCGACAAUGUUCACUCGAGCCUGGAAGAUGCUUGUCCGGCGGAUGAAUUCAAACAAGCUGUGAAUGGAUGCUGGUCAUGGUUGGAUGGGAAGAGUCUCUUGGAAGCGUAG